GACCUCAGAAUGGCUGUAAACGGAAAGAGACACGUCACGUGAUUCCUGAGCCCCGGCCCCACCAAUGGACGCCAUUAGAAAGGCGGUGUAAUGUUCGGCUUGUACUCGCACCGAUGAAUCUGCGCUCUCUUUUGUAAAUAGGUGACUGUGGGUCGAGCGCACGAUGGAUCCCAAGACUUCAAGGAUACCCAGAAGAGUAUCUGUUGAAGUGCAUAAUCCUUCAACAUCUUCAUCAGAAGCAAAAAUGUUGUACGAGGGGAAAUCAAAUGUCCUGGAUGACUUCUAUGCAACAAAAGAAAGUGAAAAGCAGGAAGCUGAAUUUCAGCCAACUUUAUAUAAUGAAACAGAGACACCUCCAGGGGCACCUUCAGGAUUUUUAACUCCGUCUGAGAACAGCGAUUCUAAGAGGCCAAAGCUUGUAUCACCUUGUUCAUCCAGCAAUAAUUGCCAAAUUGCUUCAGCAAUUGUUCAGAUCACUUUUCCUCAGAUUCGAUUUGGGAGAGUCAGUUUCCAAGAUCACCAGUACCAUUUAACUCAACAUCAAGAACUGAAGCUGCACUCUGCACAGAGACAGAGAUGGAAAGAACAGAAUCCAAUUGUAGAGAAGGUUUUGGAAGAGUUUCAUCAUCAUGCGCACAAGGUGCAAGACCAAGAGAGACAUUGUUUGGAUCUUUACGCCGUACCACUUCCAGCUUAAGUCGAGCACUUUCUUCAUCUUCAAGCAGUCCAUCUCCAUUCUCCAGAGAUUCCAGAAAUCUUUCCCAAUCUUUCAAUGGCAACAGUUCUUCAACAGGGUGUUGGAGUGAUACCAAGGAGUGCAGAGGGUGGUUUCCUGGACCGAGCUGAAAUUCAGAAUCUGAAAGGAGAAAUGUCUCCCUUUUACAGACAAGGCCACUGAAUGAUUUUGCAUCAGAAUCCUCUAGUAGGUGUAGACCUAGACAGCUGUUGUCACGUCUGGCAUCAAGUAUGUCUUCAACUUUCUCUGGCAGC